CCGAGUCCUUCUGGGGCUGUGGGAGAGAUGAGGAGGCUGAGGCUGGGGUAGCCGUUGUGCGAAGAUGGAGUUUCCCGGAGGAAAUGACAAUUACCUGACGAUCACGGGACCCUCUCACCCCUUCCUGUCAGGGGCCGAGACAUUCCAUACACCAAGUUUGGGAGAUGAGGAAUUUGAAAUCCCGCCUAUCUCCUUGGAUUCUGAUCCCUCACUGGCAGUCUCAGAUGUGGUUGGCCACUUUGAUGACCUUGCAGACCCUUCCUCCUCUCAGGAUGGCAGCUUUUCAGCCCAAUAUGGGGUCCAGACAUUGGAUAUGCCUGUGGGCAUGACCCAUGGCUUGAUGGAACAGGGCGGGGGACUCCUGAGUGGUGGCUUGACCAUGGACUUGGAGCAUUCUAUAGGAACUCAGUAUAGUGCCAACCCACCUGUUACAAUUGAUGUACAAGACAUGGCAUCUAGCUUGAUACCACAUAGCACGUUGACCACCAUUGACCAAUCAGAACUGAGUUCUCAACUUGGUUUGAGCUUAGGUGGUGGCACCAUCUUGCCACCUGCACAGUCACCUGAGGAUCGUCUGUCGACCACCCCUUCACCUACAAGCUCACUUCAUGAAGAUGGUGUUGAGGAUUUCCGGAGGCAAGUUCCGAGCCAGAAGACAGUUGUGGUGGAAGUAGGGAAAAAGCAAAAAGCUCCAAAGAAGAGAAAAAAGAAAGAUCCUAAUGAACCACAGAAACCAGUUUCAGCAUAUGCUUUGUUCUUUCGUGAUACUCAGGCUGCCAUCAAAGGACAGAAUCCCAAUGCCACUUUUGGGGAGGUUUCAAAAAUUGUGGCCUCCAUGUGGGACAGUCUUAGAGAAGAACAAAAACAGGUGUAUAAGAGGAAAACUGAAGCUGCCAAGAAAGAAUAUCUAAAGGCUCUGGCUGCUUAUAAAGACAAUCAAGAGUGUCAGGCCACUGUUGAAACAGUGGAAUUAGAUCCAGUGGCGCCAUCACAGACACCUUCUCCACCUCCUGUGGCUACUGUGGACCCAGCAUCUCCAGCACCAGCCACAACAGAGCCCCCUGCCCUGUCUCCUUCCAUUGUUGUCAACUCUACACUUUCAUCCUACGUGGCAAACCAGGCAUCUGCUGGGCCUGGGGGUCAGCCCAAUAUCACCAAGUUGAUUAUUACCAAGCAGAUAUUGCCCUCUUCUAUUACUAUGUCACAAGGAGGGAUGGUUACUGUUAUCCCAGCCACAGUGGUGACCUCCCGGGGGCUCCAGCUGGGCCAAACCAGUACAGCCACCAUCCAGCCCAGUCAGCAAGCCCAGAUUGUCACACGGUCUGUAUUGCAGGCAGCAGCAGCUGCUGCUGCUUCUAUGCAGCUGCCACCACCCCGACUACAACCCCCUCCAUUGCAACAGAUGCCUCAGCCCCCCACUCAGCAGCAAGUGACCAUUCUACAGCAGCCUCCCCCUCUUCAGGCCAUGCAGCAGCCUCCACCUCAGAAAGUUCGAAUCAAUUUACAGCAACAGCCACCACCUCUGCAGAGUAAGAUUGUGCCUCCACCCAAUCUGAAAAUGCAGGCUACCUUAGUCCCACCAGCUGUGGAAAGUAGUCCUGAGCGGCCUAUGAAUAACAGUCCUGGGGCCCAUACAGUGGAGGAAACCUCUCCUGAGACAAUCUGUGAGAUGAUCACAGAUGUAGUUCCAGAGGUUGAGUCACCUUCUCAAAUGGAUGUGGAAUUGGUGAGUGGGUCUCCUGUGACAGUCUCACCUCAGCCUCGGUGUGUGCGAUCUGGUUGUGAGAACCCUCCCGUUGUGAGUAAGGACUGGGACAAUGAGUACUGCAGCAACGAGUGUGUGGUGAAGCACUGCAGGGAUGUCUUCUUGGCCUGGGUAGCCUCUAGAAAUUCAAACACAGUGGUGUUUGUGAAAUAGUCCUUCCUGUUCUCCGAGCCAGUGAAGACUUAACUGCUGGGAACACGUCCAAGAGCCUUUUAACAAGAUGGGCUUUGGUAGUGCCUGAUCUCAAACCAUGAUGGUCCUUUAUGCUUCUCCCCCCUUUUCUUUCAGUAGGGGUCACGUUAGGGAGCAGGGCCAUUGAGUUUGCUGUAAUCUGGAUUUGCUUUUUCCUUUUUAAGUACAAGCAGAGAUACCAGUAAUUAAAAUAGCAGAGGAAAGGGUAAAGGGAAAAUAAACAGAAUCUAGGGAUAGGAUGGAUGGCAGGGUGAUUGAUGGUGGUGGGGUUUUUUGAGAAAAUUUACUGCUAUAAUUGUCACAGGACUUUCUUGAAAAAUUGUUAAAAUGAUCGGAGAGUAUUCAGCUUUGAGUCCAGGAGAAAAUACCAGUGUGUACAUCAGUUUUAAAGGGGACAAAGACUGCAUUAAAGGUUACUUGGUGAGCAGGGAACUCCUACUGUUACAACUUAAGUGCUGCUCGGGGAACAGAGGUUUUUAACUCAAUUGUCACAGUGGAUCAUAGGGAAAAUAUCACCUAGGAAUUUCUCUUUACAUAUUGUUUCUGUAGUCGGUAUUCCUCUAUCUGUAUUAUCAUAGCUGUAAAAGGCUGUCUACAUACUUAAAUUAAUAUAAGAAGUUUUGCCAUAGUCUAAAGAAGUGUGUUCACUUGUAUUUGAUAAAGUAUCUUUUAAAAAAUAGGCCAGAAGUGUUUUCACUUAGCCGUCAUGCAGACCACUCUCUCCAUGCUUAUACCAGUGUGCUCACUUCACUUUUUUUUUUUGGAAAAGAAAUAAGCUAAAGAAUAGACUAGCGGAGCCACAUAGUUGCAAUAAGCAAAUAUGUAGAGGGUGAUAGUCCACAGUGAUACCAAAGUGAAAUUCAAUCAAACCUUACACCUUAAGAAUGCGACCCCAGAGAACUUCCUAACACCAUGCUCACAUAGUACUGACUGCUAGUCACUUUGAUCCUACAGUGUAUAAGCAACAUUUUAAUGCUUUCCAUGC